AUGGCUCAAGAAAAACAAUUUGUAUUUCGUGAUGAGGAGGAAGCUGGCAACAGAUUGUCCAGAAAGGCAAAAGAAUCACCAUUCAUGCUUAUUGGCAUUGGCGGUUUAGUAUUAGCAUGUGGAUUUGCAGCAUAUAAGUUCAAGCACCGUGGUCAAAUGUCAACGAGCGUGUUUUUAAUGCAAACGAGAGUUGCAGCUCAAGGAACUGUUGUAUCAGCACUAACACUCGGUUUACUAUAUAGUAUGUUCCAAAAGCAUGUACUUCAUAAGGAUGACUGAGACGAAAAAUAAAGCGAAAGUCAAUGUA